AUGUUGACCGCACGAUGCGGAAUCACUGAAGACGUAUCCCUGAUCGAGUACUUCCAAGAGGGACUCCAGAACAAGCUAGUCGAGAAGGUCUACGGCAUGGAGCACAUGCCUAAAACGAUCGACGAAUGGUAUGAAGCCACAUCCCGAUUCGACAACCAGUAUCGACGAGCAAGAGCGGUCAUCAACCGAUACAAGGGAGUUGGACAGACCAGAAACCUUGUCACUCCAAGGUACACUCCUCCCACGAAGGACCCCAAUGCUAUGGACGUCGAUCGCCUAUCGACCAGCGAAAGGGAAAAGUACAUGAAGGAAGGACGAUGCUUCACUUGCGGUCAGACUGGACAUAGAGCUGCCGAUCACAAGCAGGACAAAGGGAGACAGCCAGAGAGAAGGCCUGUCCGUACCGCGGAAGUCAAAGAAGACUCAACCAAAGAAGUGUCUAAUAUCGCCAAGAUCAAAGCCAUGAUGGCAGAACUUGAAGAGAACGAUAAGGUCAAGCUUCUCGAAGACAUGGCGGAGAAGGAUUUUGCCUAA